AUGCCGGGUUCCUCACGGGUGACAGCAAUGAGCACUGAUCCACUCCGUAAAAAUAGGCUCAUUCGUAAACAUCUUAUCUUUGAUGCAGCCCAGCUUCUUGUUCAAGCUCUUGUUACAUCAAAGCUUGACUAAUGGUUUACCUAAGAACGUGAUUAAACAGCUCCAACGUAUGCAGAACGCAGCUGCUCGGACUGCUACUCUUUCGCCCAAUUUCUGUCAUAUUACGCCGUUCUUACGAAUCUUCACUGGCUCCCGAUUAAUCUCCGGAUUGAAUUUAAAAUACCUAUCGUUAACUACAAGACUCUCCAUGGACUGGCUCCUGCUUAUAUUAAAGAUCUUCUUCAAAGUUCUGGCUAGGUCGCGAAGCCGUGCGGACGCAUCUUUCAGUGCUCCGCCUUAGUUCUUGACUAACUGCUUCAAAUACACUAUUCAGCCAUGGCUAAUGUGACAGUACGAUUUUUAAAAAAGGAAAAUGACAGCCUCAAGGAUGAAAUCACCGCCCUUAAGCAAAAUUUGGAAGAGCUACAGCAGUCCAUCAAACGACAAGAUCCACAAGUCACCAGUAAUGGGGGCGAACAACCUACUCGCUUGAUUACGGACGCUGAUUCCCUAAGCACCUUGGAAUUUUAUGGAAAAUUAUACGAUGAUCUACGAUACGAGCAGAAUCUGUGA